AUGGCAUCACGGACAACUAUUAUACCUGCAAGCUUUUCGGAAAGCGACGAGGCGGAUGAACAGCACUGGUUGGUAGGAAACAACGAGCAGGCACCAGCGACCAAUGCGCUCGACAACCCUGCCCUGAAAUAUCGCCGCAGGAAACCUCUUGACCUUCCUAAUCGCCAAUGGCCGUCCAAGUCCAUCGACAAGCCACCCCGUUGGCUGGCGACCGACCUGCGCGAUGGCAAUCAGUCCCUCGCAGACCCAAUGGACUCGAAUCAGAAAUACCACUAUUUUCAAAUGUUAGUAAAGCUUGGAUAUAAGGAGAUCGAGGUCUCAUUUCCGUCGGCAUCUGAUACGGACUAUGAUUUCACCCGGCGCUUGCUCGAGACGACUGGAACUGUACCGGAAGAUGUGUGGCUACAAGUCUUGUCACCAUGUCGAGAAGAGCUCAUACAACGCACAGUUGAGUCCCUUAGGGGCUCGAAGAAGGCUAUCCUCCAUCUUUACUUGGCCACUAGCCCUUGCUUCCAGCGCAUCGUCUUCGGCUUCACACAGCAGCAAGGUCUCGAUCUAGCUGUGAGGUGUACUAAGCUUGCGCGCAAGCUCACCAAGGACGACCCAUCCCAAGCUGGAACCGAAUGGGCAUACGAAUUUUCUCCCGAAACAUUUUCAGACACUGACCCAGACUACGCUAUCAGAGUUUGUGAAGCAGUCAAAGCAGCUUGGGGGCCUUCAGAAUCGAACCCUAUCAUUUUCAACCUUCCUGCAACUGUCGAAGUAUCGACACCAAAUGUCUACGCGGACCAGAUUGAAUACUUCUGUCGAAAUAUGACAGAGCGCCCGAAAUUCUGCGUCUCGCUCCAUCCACACAAUGACCGUGGAUGCGCUGUUGCUGCGGCUGAACUGGCACAGAUGGCGGGGGCUGACCGAGUGGAAGGUGUCUUGUUUGGCAAUGGUGAGAGAACAGGAAACGUGGAUUUGUUCACCCUGGCAAUGAAUCUCUACACACAGGGUAUCCACCCGAAGAUCGACUACUCAGACAUCAACCCAGUGAUCGAUCUUGUUGAGCAAAGCAAUAAGAUCCCCGUCCACCAGCGACAUCCCUACGCAGGAGAGUUGGUCCAUACGGCUUUCAGCGGCUCACAUCAAGACGCUAUCAAUAAAGGCUUCAAAGAUCGCAAGGAGCGAAGACUUGGAAACAAUGAUGAAUGGGAUAUGCCUUAUCUACCCCUGGAUCCCCAAGAUAUUGGCAGGACGUACGAAGCCAUUAUUCGCGUUAAUAGCCAGAGUGGAAAGGGUGGGGUUGCUUGGAUCAUCCAGCGCAGCCUGGAGCUCGAAUUACCGCGAGGCUUGCAGGUUGCUUUCUCAAAGAUCGUACAAAAGCGUGCAGACACGAUUGGUCAGGAACUUCGUGCAAACGAAAUUCAGCAAUUAUUUGAGGAGGUAUACUAUCUCAAAGACUAUUAUCCGCGAUUCACGCUUAUCGACUACAACAUCGCUACAGACAGAGCGGAAAGUCCAGCUCCUCCUGAAAAGGGCAGGACUCUCAAUACCGCCAAGCUCAAGCGUCACUUUGAAGGUACUAUUGCUGACAGCCUGGCACAUAAAGGCGAGGAAUAUCGUGUCAAAGGCUCAGGCAAUGGUCCGAUUUCAGCACUUGCUCAUUCUCUUCAGUCGAUUGGCAUCGAUCUCGACGUCGUUGACUACAAGGAACACUCGAUUGGAGGAGGCAGUGAUACCAAAGCCGCCACAUAUAUUGAAUGUCUCGCCACCGAAACGGGUGAGCGCAUCUGGGGUAUAGGUAUCAACACGGACACGGUACAAGCUAGCUUAAUGGCCUUCCUCGCUGUAGCGUCAACAUACUUUCAAGAACGGCCUGUCAACAAGACCCCAUCUCCGAAGACUAAAUUUUCCAGCCUUCACAAUCUCGCAAUUGAUGCCCGUCUCAAUGGGUCAAUAGACGGACAGCGGGGAAGAAAGAUGAAUGGUGUCGUCAACGGGGCAACAAAUGAUGCAUGA